AUGACUAUGGAUUACCACCAACAAUACAGUGUUUAUCAGGAAUACUACAGACAGCCUUACCAAGGAACCAUCUACCAGCAACAGCUUCAGCAUCAUCCUCAUCAACAACCACGCUUACAUCAGUCUGACCCAUUAAGAAAUGUCAACCACAUAGGGUUUCCCACUCGCCCUGGUCAGUGUCAUCCAUCUCAGCAACAGCAGCAAAGAGGACCAUCAUUUCAGCACUUUCAGCAGAACACUCAGCAGUUGCAGCAUUUAAACUACUCAUCACCAUAUGUGCCUAACUUUCUUGUGAGCUCCGGCUCAGGACUGACACCGACCCUGACCCCAACAACUCUUGCUACAAUAGAGCAGUCUUUCAUGGAACUCCAGUCUAGUCAGCAAAAUGGUGCCAGGGAUCCGGUCACUCAGAGUGGUUUUGUGCCACCUGUUGUAGACCCAGGUCACAGUGCAGAUGUUUCCCAAGACAGCCUGGACUAUUCCUCGGAAUAUUCCGAUGACUGGGAACCAAAAUCAAAGCAUGGUCGAAUAAUGCAGGAUAUGAAAGGCAUGAAAAAUGUGAAUCUCAUUGUGACCUCAACUGGCACUAUCAACGCUACUCCACAAAGGAAAUACACACGAAGAAAUAAAGACGAGAAG